UUCUCAGCUCUCAGUGUUCUCGCCGCCGUAACAGAGUAAAGAAGAGAGAGAAAGGGAGAGGAGAGAGAACACAAUGCCGGCCGGUCAUGGUGCUAGGGCAAGAACCAGGGAUCUGUUCGCACGGCCAUUCAGGCGAAAGGGUGUGAUUCCAAUCUCUACUUACCUUCGUACUUUCCAUAUCGGUGAGUACGUUGAUAUCAAGGUUAAUGGCGCCAUUCACAAGGGUAUGCCCCACAAGUUCUACCAUGGUCGUACUGGCCGUGUCUGGAACAUCACUAAGCGUGCUAUUGGUGUUGAGGUCAACAAACAGGUGGGCAACAGAAUCAUCGCCAAGAGGAUUCACGCACGUAUUGAGCACAUCCAGAGUUCACGCUGCCAAGAGGAACUCAAAAAUAGGAUAAAGAAGAACGAUGAGCUCAAAGCCGCUGCAAAGGCCAGAGGUGAAAUUAUCAGCACCAAGAGACAGCCCCAGGGUCCCAAGCCCGGGUUUUUGGUCGAGGGUCAGACCAUUGAGACUGUUACCCCUAUUCCCUAUGAUGUUACCAACGACCUCAAGGGCGGUUACUAAGUCCUGUCUGUUACGGUUUUGCUUGUUAUCUCGCUUUGGCUUUUAGGUUUCAGGUGAUUUUAACAUUGUGCCUUCAGGUAGAAACAGUACUGUAGACAUUGAGCAAAAUUGUGCAGAAACGAAAGAAUUCUUGUGUUUUUAUUUAGAGGAAGUGAAGGAUUUUGUUCAGAAUAACUCAUCUACUUUUUAAAUGUUAUACAAUUGUCUACCUUGUGUUCGA